GCGGAGCUGCAAUCAGCCAGGAGCGAAAAUGUGAAGGUGGAAUCCGACUGAGCAGCGUUGUGUUGUAACUGCCGCCUGUUUCCCUGGGAAAAAAAAUAAAUCACAACCGACAUUCCCACACAGCAAGAAAAGGAGCUUUAUUUGGAUUUUAUAAUCUCUGGAAAUAUCCUCGCUUUGUUUUUUCUUUUCUUACACAUUUUUUUUGGGGUACCUCUCUUUCUGUCUCUGUCCACCUUCUCAGAAAUUGACUGUGUUGCUGAGAGUGAGGAGCAUCAUUUGCGUUCACUGGAUAUUCAUUUUUGAUGACUUUUAUAAAGAUCUCCUCUCGCUUUAUGGGAUUAUUCUCGACGGAGACGCUUUGUUUUAGAUAAGAACACGUUGGGCAUCAUGAGUUCCAGUGCAGCUUAUCACCAAGGCUCAGCGUGCGGUGAGCGAAGUUCUGGACCAAUCCGGUGCCAGCGAUGUCGGGAAGUAUGCAAAGGAGAGGUGGUACGAGUACAGGACACCCACUUUCACGUCAAGUGUUUCACCUGCACCGUGUGUAACUGUGAUCUGGCGCGAUCCGGCUUCUUCCAGAAGAAGGGCGAGUACAUCUGUACGGCAGACUAUCAACGCCUGUAUGGUACGCGCUGUGACCGCUGUGACAGCUUCAUCACAGGAGAGGUGGUCUCCGCUCUGGGACGCACGUACCACCCCAAGUGCUUUGUCUGCAGCGUCUGCAGUAAACCCUUUCCCAUCGGAGACAGAGUGACAUUCAGUGGAAAGGACUGCGUGUGCCAGCAGUGCUCUCAUACACUCGUCAAGUCAAAUGAACCGAUCAAGAUCCACGGGCCCAGCCACUGUGCUGGGUGUGGAGAUGAGAUCAAGCAGGGUCAGUCUCUCCUGGCACUGGAGAAACAGUGGCACGUCAGCUGCUUCAGAUGUCGGACUUGCAACAUGGUCCUCACAGGAGAGUACAUCAGCAAGGAUGGAGUGCCAUACUGUGAGGCAGAUUACCACGCCCAGUAUGGGGUGAAAUGUGAGACCUGCAGCAGAUACAUCAGUGGAAGGGUUCUGGAGGCGGGAGGGAAACACUACCAUCCGACCUGCGCUCGAUGCUCCCGCUGUAACUUGAUGUUCAAAGAGGGAGAGGAAAUGUACCUGACAGGAUGUGAGGUGUGGCACCCAUUAUGCAAGCAGGCAGCGAGGGCAGAGAGGAGACUCAGGCACAGACGCCUGUCGGAGGCCUCCAUCUCUCCACCAGGCUCCUCCAUAGGCUCUCCCAGUAGGGUUAUAUGUGCCAGAGUGAAGAAUGAGUUCCUAGAUUAUAAGGACCUAGCUGCCCUGCCAAAGGUCAAGGCCAUAUAUGAGGUCCAACAGCCAGACCUCAUAUCCUCCUCAUACCAGCCCUACCACAGAUACACCUCUGAUGACAGGCUAGACACUUACAGCUAUGGGGAGUCACUCGGGACACUCUCUCCCUAUUCUCAGGACUAUGACAGCCUGGAUAUAAGGCAGAGGCGAUGCUCCAGUCCAGGUUAUAUUGACUCGCCGACCUAUAGUCGUCAAGGCAUGUCACCUAUCAUGCCUCGCUCUCCGCAGCACUAUGGCUACCCUGGCUCUGAGAGUGGCAGGAGUUCACCUUAUUACGGCCAAGACGGGCGGUCAAGCACACCCACCAAAAUCCAGCCCCCUAAACAUUUUCAUGUGCCAGACAAUCACGUGGACGCAGCCACCAAAAGCAGGACCAGCGAGGACAUCCUCAGAUCCUCCCGACUGUCCACCUUCUCUCCCGAGCCAUACACCCAGUCAGAGUCUGACUACUAUCCAUACACCAGUUCCCCCAGGGCCUAUCGGAUGCCGAGAAGACGCUUCUCAACAGGAGGAGAUGAAGAGAGUUGGAGUCACAGUCUUCAAAGAAUUGGGAGUGGCAUCGGGAGGAUGAUCCUAAAGGAGGAGAUGAAAGCCAGAUCUGGUUCCUAUGACAACGACCCCUGGGGCAGUGCGAGGAAUUCUCGUAGUGGGAGCAAGGAAACACUCAACACUACAGGCUACGGCACCACGGCGUACAACAACACUGUCAACGGAUCUCCCCGGUCUCAGUACAGUGCUGAUAGUGAUUUUGUUUGCAAGUCUGCCUCACUACCAGGAUAUGGACGCAACGGCAUCCAGAGGCCUCAGAGUGCAGAUUGCUACCAGUACCAGUAUGACAGUGGCAGUGAGGUCAACUGGGGAAGCAGAGCAGAAUACAAGAUUUACCCCUAUGAAGCGCUCAUUGUCACCACCAGAGGUCGCAACAGGCUUCCCAAAGAUGUAGAUAGAGCCAGGCUAGAACGUCACCUUUCCCCAGAGGAGUUUUCCCAAGUGUUCGGCAUGACCGUGGAAGAUUUUGACCGGCUGGCUCUGUGGAAGAGAAAUGAGCUCAAGAAGCAGGCCCGACUGUUUUAAUAACACAUGAACGUCUGUUGAAUACUGCCAUAACUAGAGCGAGAAACUUAACUGACUGUAGGAGGAGGGAAGAAAGAGAUAGGAAGACUUCUACUGAGUUUCACUGCCAUGGCUGAGAACCUGUUCUAGAUCUCCUCAUAUGACGAACCAAAUUCUGGUCACACCAGCGUGGACUUCAGAGAUACCGAGGGAAGGCCACAAGAGACAUUAUGCACAGAAGGACUGAUAAACUGUUACUGUGUGCUGGGGUGGUGUGUAAGCAAUAGAGACUGUAGUACAGUAGUGUUGUGCUUUUCUUAAGCUUGAAGGAGGGAGGAAAGGCAUGACUGAGCCUGUGUAAAGGCCACAUGAAGGGAUGUCUGUGACCAGAGCCGCAGUACGAAAACAUAAAAAGGAGAAUUUUGGCUUUGCCUUAUUUGUUAUGCUCUCUUAGUUACGAGUGUGCAGCACCAGCAAUCUGAAUGAGUAGAAUGUAGAUACAGUAUAUCAUUUAUGACACUUUAUCGGGGUGAAUGAUUAGAUGAGAAGCGUGAGUGGGUGAGCAUACGGCAUUACUUUGCUUUGGUUUAUAAGGAUGCAUUUUGUUUACCUGUUUUCUUGUUUUUUGCUCUUUCAUAUGAAAUGCUGUGUCCCUCUGGUUUACACUAAUUGAUAUAGAAUUGAACAAUCUGAGGUGGACACAACUUUUUUCAGUUGUAUGUGUGACCUGCGUUGAUUUGCGUGCAAAUGAAAACCAAAGUGAGAAUGCAAAUAUAAAGAUUAGCAGAUCACUUCCAUGUAAUGUUCUGGUUAAAUAGUUAAAGGUCACCAAUAGAUACAGUUCACUUUGCAGCUGUAUGGUAACCUAAAAGAAUGUGCAAUCCAGUAGAUUAAAUAGAUAAAGGAAACACCAAUUCAGUCCUCCUGCUCCAUGUUUUCCACCUCAUCGCAAUAGAAUGAUGACUAAAUGUUUUAGGACGAGAACUGUAGUCAUCCAUACAUUUACAUUCACUAUAAUUUAUUUUCUUUUAGAAUGAUAAUCCAAUAAUUUUGUAGCUACAGAGAUUAUAUUCACUCACAAUGAAACACUCUGCAAGGUAUUUAACACACUGACAAAGAUCCAGGGUUGUUGAAGUCUUUACUUCCUUUGAAUACUGUUAUUUUUGAUUUUGUCACUAAAAAUUAAAC